AUGUAUUCGAUUAAUAGAAUUGGUAUACAUGGUAUAUCAAAUAAAAUACUAAGUAGGCCAAAAUUUUUUCAUUCAAGUUCAUCAAUAUUCUCCCUAAACCAAAAUUUAAAUAAUUUUAAAAAUAAUAAUAAUUAUAUUUUAAAUGGUUACAAUAAAAUAACACAUAAUCAUCAUCAUCAAACAUUAUUUCAUAGACAUUAUUCAAAUUUAAAGCAAGAGCAAGAAAAUAAACAACAAAAUGUAGGGAAAAAUAGCGAAACAUCACCUUCAUCAACAACAACAACAGAAAAUAUAACAACAGCAACAACAGCAACAACAAAAACAGAUAUUAAAGAAACUCAAAAUUCUACAAUGUCAAUGUUAAAAACAGUAUUUAAAUAUUUAUGGCCAAAAGAUAAUAAUGAUUCAAAGAUUAGAAUUAUAACAUCAGUAUUAUUAUUAUUAAGUGCCAAAGUGUUAACGGUUCAAAUACCAUUUAUAUUUAAAGAUAUAGUUGAUAGUUUAACGACUACACAAUCAGAGAUGUUAACAUUACCAUUAGGAUUAUUAUUAGCAUAUGGUGCAGUGAAGAUAACAUCAAAUGGUUUUCAAGAACUUAGACAAACCAUUUUCUCAAAGGUAGCACAUGAUGCAAUUCGUGAUGUUUCAUGUAGUACCUUUAAGAGAUUACAUCAAUUGGAUUUAACAUUUCAUUUAUCACGUCAAACCGGUUCACUAUCACGUAUCAUUGAUAGAGGUGGUCGUGGUAUCAAUUUCCUCUUAAAUUCAAUACUAUUUCAUGUGGUACCAACUGCAUUUGAAAUUUCAUUGGUAAGCUAUGUAAUGUAUACAACAUUGGGUUGGGAGUACUCUGCAUUGUCAUUGGCAACCAUUGCUGCCUAUACCGUAUUCACCGUGAAAGUAACCAAAUGGAGAACUCAAUUUCGUGUGAAAAUGAAUAAAAUGGAUAAUGAAGCAAGCAAUAAAAUGAUGGAUUCUCUCAUCAAUUUCGAAACUGUAAAAUACUUUAACAACGAUGCUUUGGAAGUGGAACGUUAUCAUAACUAUUUAAAAGAGUAUGAUAAAGCUUCCUUAAAGACAACAAGUAGUUUAUCAUUUCUAAAUUUUGGUCAAGCUUUAAUCUUUUCACUCUCAAUGACCGCUAUGAUGAUUAUGGCUGCUCAAGGUGUGGUUCAAGGUAAUCUAUCCGUUGGUGAUUUGGUUUUAGUAAAUGGUUUAUUAUUUCAAAUCUCUUUACCUUUAAAUUUUUUAGGUACAGUUUAUAGAGAAAUUAAACAAUCAUUAGUUGAUAUGGAUCAUUUAUUCUCUUUAUUAAAUUUAAAUCCAAAAAUUUCUGAUAAUAAAGAUUCAAAACCAUUAAAAUUAGAAAAUGGUACAAUUGUUUUUAGAGAUAUUUCAUUUAAAUAUAAUGAUUCAGUACAAGUUUUAAAUAAUGUAUCAUUUGAAUGUGAAGGUGGUAAAAGAAUUGCAAUUGUUGGAUCAUCAGGUUCAGGUAAAUCAACUCUAUUAAGAUUAUUAUAUAGAUUUUAUGACGUUUCAUCUGGUUCCAUUGAAAUCGAUGGUCAAGAUAUUAGAGGUAUUCAAUUGGAAAGUUUAAGAAAACAUAUUGGUGUUGUACCACAAGAUACUGUUCUAUUCAAUGAUACCAUUUACUAUAACAUUGCCUAUGGUAAUCCAAACGCUACAAAAGAACAAGUUGAAAAUGCUGCUCGUGCUGCUCACAUUCAUGAAGUUAUUUUAAAUAUGAAAAAUGGUUAUGAUACAGUUGUAGGUGAACGUGGUUUAAAAUUAUCUGGCGGUGAAAAACAAAGAGUUUCAAUUGCUCGUGCAAUCUUAAAGGAUUCUCCAAUCGUUUUCUAUGAUGAGGCUACCUCUUCAUUGGAUACUGAAAAAGAGAAAUUAAUUAUGGACGCUCUAAGAGAAUUAUUUAAAGGUCGUACCACUAUUAUGAUAGCUCAUCGUUUAAGUACAAUCGUAGAUGCUGAUGAAAUCAUAGUUUUAGGUACUGGUGGUAUUAUUUUAGAACGUGGUAAUCAUCAACAAUUAUUAGAAUUAGAAGGAAAAUAUAGAUCAAUGUGGUUGGCACAACAAUAA